GAAUCUGCUGCCGCACCUCCACUGCAUCCCCUGAGGCAGCUUAUGGGACCCUUCCCUGGGCGCCUCUGCCCCAGGACACACCGCAUGGAAUGGCAAUGACACGUGGAAAGAAGAGACCCAUGUCCCCCAUCCCUUGCCUCAUCCUUGCAGCUGCUAGCUGCUUUGCCAGACUGAGUGAAUCUCUGCAGGUCACAGUGCAACCUGCCUCCAUUGUCCAAAAGCUUGGAGGCCCAGUCAGCCUGGGGUGUGUGGUGGACCCCCCCAGAGUGAACCUCACCUGGCGACUGAACGGGAAGGAGCUGGCUGGAUCGGACGAGGUGCUGGGUAUCUACAUCGAGCGAGGGAAACUUGUCAUCACGGCUCUCAACAACCACACAGUGGGGCGAUACCAGUGCAUUGCUCGUGUGCCCGAAGGAGUCAUUGCCAGUGUCCCCGCAGUGGUCACAUUAGCUAGUGAGUAA